AUGAGCAUCAACGGUGGAAAUAGGAUCAUCAAAAGAAGAAUAUUGCUUCAUUGUUCGGACAAUAAUGAUUGUAAUAUUGGAGAAGUACGUAAUCCUAGUAGCGAAACAUGUAAAGUUAACAUAGGACAACCCUGCGACGGCGUCUCCGAUGACAAUAGUUGUAUAUCUAAGGUUUGUCGUGUGCUUGGUAAUGAUAUCAAGAAAUGUCAACUUACCGAUACUCGUAAGGCUCUAACUAUUUGCAUGGUGAAUGAAGCAUGCAGCAGUAAGUUAUGUAAAGAUAAUAAAUGCGCAUAG